CUUUUUUCUUUUUUUCCUUAAUUUCACUGCUAUAUACUAUACUAUACUAUAGCCUGAAAUCAUUUCUGGGAUUAACUAAAAAUGCCUCAGAAUAAGAUUUUCCAUGAUCCAUCACAGAAUCAGAUUCCUGAUCUUUCCUUGCACAUUAGUCUCCCAAACAGUGCUCCUUCUUCAAUUUGCACUGGCACACAUGAAGGGGAUUCACACUUUGAUAUAUGGAGAGCAGAAUCUGAUGGCCUCAGAUCCCAUAGUGAUGGUUCAAUCAAAGGAAUUCCUCACACAGACACAGAACUUUCCUUAGCAAACAACCCCACAACACCAUCUGAGGCUGAGAGUCCCUGGAAGAGAAACUUUGUUAGAGUGAGACAAGAAGUUGCUGCAGCAAGGGAAAAAAAUCAUGGGGUCUCAGAUGAGGGUGUCAUUAGACCCAUCAAUGGAAUCCCUCUCUACAGUAAUAACUUCUCUUCUUUGGACAACAAUCCCUCAAUAGAGAGGGACUCCAAGUUUUCUCUAUGUGCACUUCCUUAUCCUUCUUGUUCUGCUAAUUCUGCUUCUUGUAAUGAUGGUAUUGCUGGGGGUGUAGAACAAAUCUCAAGGUUUAAUGGGAUAACCUUGGAGAGUCUAAGACAACAGCAGUUUCAGUACUUGGACCAUAAUCAAAAUCAUCAACAGCAGCAGCAGCAUCAGUUUGGGAUUGGAGCUUCUGAUUACUCAAAUGGAUUUGUAAGGUCAAGAGUAAUGUUGCCAAGGCAACAAAUUAAGAGGAACAUGAGGGCUCCAAGAAUGCGUUGGACUAGUUCUCUUCAUAGUAGAUUUGUUCAUGCUGUUGAGCUACUUGGAGGCCAUGAAAGGGCUACUCCCAAGUCAGUUUUGGAGCUCAUGGAUGUCAAAGAUCUAACACUAGCUCAUGUUAAGAGCCAUUUGCAGAUGUAUAGGACUGUUAAGAACACUGACAGGCCAGCAGCUUCUUCAGAUGGAGAUGAGGAUUUCAUGUCCCUAACACCACCCCAUAAUCAAAAUAACAACAGUUUGUCCAAUCAGAUAGGACCUCAAAAUGCAUCUGAUCUAGACCAUGAUAUGUGCUACACUUCUAGCAAUCUAUGGGGUAAUUCUUCUUCCAGUAGAGGAGCAUGGAUGCAAGCUAGUUCCCUAGAUUUGAAUGAGCUUAGUCCACAAGAAAUCCUAUCAUCUCAGCAUAUUGGGAAGCUUUCCGAGGGAAGCAACUACAUACAAUCAAGAAGCUUGAAGAAUCAAAAUUUAGAUUGUCAAAAUCCAAGCUUGGAGUUCACAUUAGGGAGAUCAAAUUGGCACACCAAUGAACAUGCCUAA